AAGCCGGUAUUAUUAAAUAAACCAACAAAAGUUUUAUCCACGUGCCGUAAAGACGACUCCGACUUCCCAAAAUGAUGGGUUACUGCCCCCCUAAUGUGACUUUGGCAGAAGUGUGGAUUGAUCAUGGAAUAUCUCAGUGCUUUAUGGAAACUGUGUCUUCUGUGAUUAUUGGAGGAUUCCUUCUUGUUUUCGGGACCAUACAGAUUGUUCUGCAUAUAAGACAUGCUGUUGAAGUAACCGAUGUAAGGCCAUCGCCUAUGUUCGGUGUGCAAAUAUUUUUCACACUGUUUGUACCAGUCCUAGCGGUGAUUAGGUUCUUGUUGCAAGCAUUUGUAUUCAAAGGGGGGCAAAUAUAUGGUUAUAUGUUACUAGCAUUAGUGGUGACGCUGAUAGCGUUCCCUCUAUCAGCGUAUCUGGCUGUCAUCGAGAGGAGGUUCCUACUACCCUCGUUACCUCCCAGAGGCCAUGGCUUCGUGCUGCUCGUGUUUUGGGCGCUGAUCUUUGUAUCGGAGAAUUUAUCGUUCCUCAAUCUUAAUAAGGACGGAUGGUGGUGGAGACUGAAAGAUCUUCAAGAUCGCCUAGAGAUGGCACUGUUCGUUGGUCGCUACGUCUCCUGCAUGAUAAUAUUCGUGCUCGGUCUUAAAGCUCCCGGUAUCAUGCACCACUACGAAUAUUUGGAGGACGAAACCAUGUUCCGGAUUCCCCCUGGGUCUGACAAUUCAUCGACGUUCCGCAAUGUGUUCGGCAAACUCCGCGUCUUGCUGCCGUUCCUAUGGCCGAGGAAAGACCUGUGCCUGCAGAUAUACGUGUUCAUCUGCAUACUGGCCCUAAUUGCUGGUCGUAUUGUCAACUUGUACGUGCCCAUUUAUAGCAAAUUGAUUGUGAACAGCCUUUCGGAGCCUCCGAUAUUGUUCCGAUGGGAUCUGGUCGUGGUCUCCGUGAUUCUCAAGUUCUUGCAGGGCGGUGGCACCGGCGGCAUGGGUUUGCUCAACAACUUAAGAUCAUUUCUGUGGAUCAGAGUGCAGCAGUACACAUCUAGGGAGCUUCAGAUGGAGCUCUUCAAACAUCUGCACGGGCUGCCGCUCAGUUGGCAUCUGUCGCGUAAGACGGGCGAAGUGUUGCGCGUCAUGGACAGAGGCACCGACUCCAUAGACAAUCUGCUGUCGUACAUAUUGUUCUCUAUCACGCCCACUCUGGUGGACAUCCUCGUCGCAGUAGUAUACUUCGUGGUGUCUUUUAACGCAUGGUUCGGUCUCAUCGUAUUCUCUACGAUGAUAUUGUAUAUAAUCGCAACAGUAGUGGUCACGGAAUGGCGUACAAAGUUCCAGCGGCGGAUGAAUCUCGCCGACAACGAGCAGAAGGCGCGUUCUGUCGACUCCUUGCUUAACUUUGAAACUGUCAAGUAUUACGGCGCUGAGUCCUAUGAAGUGUUGACCUAUAAAGAUGCCAUUGUGAAUUUCCAGAAAGAAGAGUACAAAUCAUUGAUCACAUUAAACAUGUUGAACACAAUCCAGAACAUAAUUAUUUGCAGUGGUCUAAUGGCUGGAUCGUUACUGUGCGUUCAUAUGGUGGCUAAUACGCAACAGCUUACCGUGGGUGACUACUCGCUGUUUGCGACUUAUUUGGUACAACUUUACGUACCUCUCAAUUGGUUCGGCACCUAUUAUAGAGCCAUACAAAGGAAUUUCGUCGACAUGGAGAACAUGUUUGACUUGAUGCGAGUGGAUUCGGACGUUAAAGACAUGCCCGGCGCCCCGGAUCUGCUCGUGCGCCGCGGCGCUAUAGAGUUCAAGGACGUCUCCUUCGGCUACGGGCCCGAGAGAUUAGUUCUGAACAACGUCAGCUUCACAGUGCCAUCUGGAAGUACUGUCGCCUUGGUCGGCCCCAGUGGUGCGGGCAAGUCGACGAUAAUGCGACUCCUGUUCCGCUUCUAUGACGUGAACGAGGGAGCUAUUCUGGUGGACGGGCAAGACGUUCGCACGGUGACGCAGGCGUCGCUGCGGGCAAAUAUAGGCGUGGUGCCGCAGGACACUGUGCUAUUCAAUAAUACUGUCAGAUACAACAUCCAAUACGGUCGCCUCAGCGCAGAAACAGCUGACAUUAUCGCUGCCGCGAAGAACGCAGACAUUCACGAUAAGAUCCUCACCUUCCCCGAUGCUUAUGAUACACAGGUUGGAGAAAGAGGUUUGAAAUUAAGUGGGGGCGAGAAGCAAAGAAUAGCCAUCGCGCGGACUCUUCUCAAGGACCCGGCCAUAGUUCUAUUAGAUGAAGCUACUUCAGCUUUAGACACGAACACUGAGAGAAAUAUUCAGGCGGCGCUAGCUCGUGUUUGUGCGAAUAGGACGACAUUAAUUAUAGCCCAUAGAUUAUCAACAAUCAUACACGCAGAUGAAAUCCUAGUACUGAGAGACGGUGAAAUCAUCGAAAGGGGACACCACGAAAUCUUGUUAACGCAAGGAGGUUUCUACGCGUCCAUGUGGCAACAACAGUUAGAAAACAGAAACAACAAUGCUUUAGAGAACAGUACUGAAGGAAACAAUAAUCGGCCUUCGGCAAAUUCGCAGAACGGCGUAAGCGCCUUCGGCCACGGCCAUGGACACUAGAUGUUCCAUAGACAAAUUGUGUGACGGUGCUAGUCGGCGGGCAGAUCUCGCCACGAGAGGACCUAUCGAGUCGAUUCUAGCCGCUAUAUUACUAGAAAGCCAGCGAAGAGUACGACGAGACCUGUAUUAUUAGCGAAGAAUAUUUUUGUAUAUAUGAAAGUGGCAUUGUGAUAGUUUACAGUGUAUGUAAUGCAGAUAUUAUUAUAAUGAAAUAUAAUGUGAUGGGAAAUUUGUUGUGUUAACUCA